UCAUAUUUGGGUACGACUUAACAACAAUAAUAUACAUCAGAAUGAUUAGUUAAGGAAAUAAUUAAGAAGUUGAACAACAAUUCAAUCAAAAACACAACAAUAAAAAGUAUUGGAGCAAUGAUGAAGAUACAAAAUUGAAUUCUGCUGUGAUUUUACAUGGAUCAAAUUGGAAGAUUAUAGCAGAAUAUGUACCUGGAAGAAAUGCAUCUUAAUGUGCAUAAAGAUGGAAGAGGAUAAAGCCUAAAGAAGUAAAUAAUUGAUUAAUUAUAAUAGAAUGAAAGAAAUUAGAAGUGGAGUUAAGAAGAAGAUGAGGAAGUACUUAGACUUACCAAGGAUUAUUCAUUUAAUUGGAGAUUAAUCUCACAUCAUCUUCCAAAUAGAACUGGUAGAUAAAUUAGAGAGAGAUUUGUCAAUCAUUUAGAUCCAAAUAUAUUAAAAUCCCCUUGGACUGAAGAAGAAGAUAAAUGGAUCUGGAAUAUGUAUCAAAGUGUUGGUACCAAAUGGUCUGAUAUGUCUAAAAAGUUACCAGGAAGACCUGUAUUUAUAAAUUUUAUUCCAAUUUUAGGAAAAUAUGAUAAAAAACAGAUUUUAUUCGUAUAUUCGAAAAUAAUAUGGGAAAAUAUAAAAUCCUUAUUAUGUAGUACCAAAAAAUGUAAGAGUUUUAGAGAAGGAGACGAUAAAGAAAAGUAAGAUAAUUAAAAAGAUUAAAAAAUAUAGGAAGUUUUGUUAAGAGAAAAGAAACUAAGAAGAUAAGUAGAACAAAGAAUAAUUUAAAUUUGAUUUAGAAAAAUAAGUUUAAGAUGAAUAAUAAAUAAUUAAUAAGUAACUUCAAAAUUAUGGAUACUAAUAAUAAUAACAUUAGUAAAUAAACUUUCCUUACUUUCCAACAGAGUAUUAGUUAUUGCAAUAACCAUUAAUAUAUUAUCCUUAUUAGUUUAUUACAUCUGAAUUUUAUGGAAUAUUAAACACUUAAGAUAUGUUAAGUUGGUAAAAAGAAUAGAUGUGUUAAUCCACAUUUUCAGAAAUGACAAAGUCUUAAAAUAAUGAAUCCUAAUUAUAGGGAUAAUAAACUAUGAAUCUAUUAUUGAAACAAAUUUAACCUUAACAAAUAGUGACAAAGGAAGAAGAGAUUGAAAAUCCCAUAUUAGAAAACAAGAUAACUGAUUCAUUUUGUCCACUUUAAAUAAGAGCAGAUAUUUUAAAGAUGAUUUAGAAAUAAAAUUUAUAGGAUUAAUUUUAACAAUGA